AUCCUAUACGACUGUUCAUCUCCGUUUAUUGUGGAAUAUUAUGGCACAUUCCAUGUGGAGGAUACAAUUAGUAUCUAUUCGGAGUACAUGGACGCUGGCAGUUUGGACAUCUUGUUACCGAGUGUUGGUCGAUUUCCCGAACCGAUCAUUAUUCAGAUUGCUCAUGCAAUAGUGCAAGGAUUGCUCUAUUUAUGGCAACAGUUGCAUAUUGUUCAUCGGCAGCCUUUGUAUGGGCGCGGCCCUCCUUCCGGAUUGUUGACUAUACAUUUGAAUAUUCAAUAG